AUGGCGCCGCUGAAUAAACAUCGCACUCGUGAUUACCGGGCCGGCGGCCGCUUCAUGCGCCACGGUAGAAUCUUCGGACCCAGCGAGAAUAGAAUUAUUGUGAAGAGGGGGCAGUACCCAUUCAUGGUGAUGAUCCAGAUAUUCGAAAAUAAUAAGGAGCGUAUCUGCACCGGCAGCCUCGUAACUCAAAGAGCUGUUGUUACGUCAUCCGUCUGCAUAAUAGAUUCCGUCGCAAACAUUUUAUUCUAUGCGGGAAACUGCCGCUACAUUUACCCUGAGGACUUCGAAGAUCCUACGCAAGUUCGCAAACUCGGCUACCUCGAACGUGCUCAAGAUGUCUUUGGGAAUACUACCAUGGCUUACGCCAUGACCAGUGAAAAAUUUGAAGUGACGGAAUACGUGUCACUUGUUUCAAUGCAUCUGGAUGUGCUGGGUCCGGAGUGGCGCGACACAUGCUUCAUACUGGGCUACGGCGUCUCCUCUCCCGUGCAGAACGACAGCCACGUCGCGCGCUACAUGGUGCAGCGCGUCUGGACGCGGAUCGGCUGCGUGGAUGACCCUCCUUAUGAAUCCUACUUGUGCGCCGUCAAGGACGUCUUCAACAAGACCACGUGUGAGGGCGACAUGGGCGGCCCUUUGAUGUGCAGCAUGGCGCCCAACGGGCAUGGCCUGUUCGGUAUCGUAGACGGGCGCAUAGCCAUGCGGUCUCGGGUGAUGGACCUGGACUGCGUCCUGCCCCAGCGAGAGAACCGCUACUUAUCCACCGGCUACUAUCAAAAGAGGCGGGCUCACAACACUGCUGCUGGAUCCUUGAUUGAUGCGGGCGUGGACUUGUGCAUCACCUUGGCCUAG